CCGGUCGGUCUCUCUCUCUCUGACAGCCCGGCGGCCACCACCACAGCUCCCAGCACCCAUCACCCACACCAGCGUGCGCCCCCUCGGCCGCGUCCUGGUUUGCGAUGCCGGGCUCCUCGGCGGCGGCGGCGGCGGCGGCUCGCUCCCGGUGGUAGUGACACCUCCACCCCCCGUGUGACAGCCCCCGUGCGCGGACACACACCGACGGUUGACCGGAGGGCUCCCAUGGGCGCUGCGACACGGACGCACCCGACGUGUGACCCUCGGUGACCGGGGGAGUUUCGGAGACACCCAGCCCGUUCCUCGCUGCCCAUCCUCGGCGGACGUGCACGGAGAGAAUCCGGGCUGCCUCCGGGGGCCGGAGGGAUGGGGAGCACCACCUCAUGCUGCGUGUCCGCCAGCCCCAAGCUCCGGCGGAAUGCCCACUCCCGCCUGGACUCGUACCACCAGGAGUCGGACCUGAGCCGCGAGGAUACCGGGUGCAACCUGCAGCACAUCAGCGACCGGGAGAACGUCGACGAGUUAAACAUGGAGUACAACCCGUCGGACCAUCCGCGGGCCAGCACCAUAUUCCUCAGCAAGUCCCAGAAUGACGAGGUGCCUGUCAGGAACGUGCACGAAAAGCGAAAGAGCCUCUUCAUAAGUAACCACGGAACGUUGAGGCGGAGGUACAGCUCCUGCUCCACCAUCUUCCUGGACGACAACACCGUCAGCCAGCCCAACCUCAAAUACACAAUCAAAUGUGUAGCUCUGGCAAUUUACUACCACAUAAAAAACAGAGACGCAGACGGAGGAAUGCAUCUGGACAUAUUCGAUGAAAAGCUUCAUCCGCUCACAAAAUCGGAGUUGCCGCCCGACUACGACCAACAGGACCCGGAGCAGCGGCACAUCUACCGCUUCGUCAGGACCUUGUUCAGCUCCGCCCAGCUCACCGCCGAGUGCGCCAUCGUCACACUGAUUUACCUGGAGCGGCUCCUGACCUACGCAGAGCUGGACAUCGGCCCGGGGAACUGGAAGAGGAUCGUUCUGGGCGCCAUCCUGCUGGCGUCCAAGGUCUGGGACGACCAGGCCGUCUGGAACGUGGACUACUGCCAGAUCCUCAAGGACAUCACCGUGGAGGACAUGAACGAGUUGGAGCGUCAGUUCCUGGAGCUGCUGCAGUUCAACAUCAACGUUCCGUCCAGCGUCUACGCCAAGUAUUACUUUGACCUGCGCUCGCUCGCCGAGUCCAACAACCUGAGCUUCCCCCUGGAGCCGCUGGGCCGGGACAAGGCCCACAAGCUGGAGGCCAUGUCCCGACUCUGUGACGACCGCUUCAACGACGUGCGGAGGACGUCCAGGAAGCGCUCGGCCAGCGUGGACAAUCUCUGUGGGAUCCGAUGGGUCCCGGCGAUUCUCUCCUAACCACUAAUCAACUGACAUUCACCACAGACGCUAACCGGGUGGAGAGACGUUACAGACACAGGUUGAUGGGAAAGAGACGUGGAAGUGGAAGCAGCCACGUCUUCAGGCGGUGGACCACGUCUGUCCUCGUGGACGAUGUGGUGACCUCAGGAGAGAAGCCGACCCCUUCACAGUGCCUCAAGAAGAGGGUUCCUGGUUUGUUCCGGUGACUCCUCCUGACGGCAGAGUGAACCUGCCUUAAAGCAAACACUUCUACGACCGGCCCUUCAGACGCUAUUUAUUUCACUCUCAGCCGCUGCAGUCGUCUGAUCCUCUAACAUUUCAAAACUUUUUGGAAUUUGUUCCCCCGACUAUUUAUUUUCCUUUGACGAGUCUCAGAGUAAUACAAGUGUUAGCAAGUUUUCUUCCUCUGGAAAUCGUUGUAGUUCGAGGUUCUCAGUGUUUCUAGAGUCGCUCGUGUUGCUCAGGUCGGUGAGUCAAACUCUCAGUGACGUGGAAACGUUUCCCCUCCGGUUUAAGAUUCAGCUGAUUUGGGUUUUAUCCGAACGUUUCGUGCUAACGCAGCUCUCUGUCGACAUCUAGUGGACAUUUGAGACAACUACCACUUCAGGGUCAGGAACGUUAAAGGGACAAUUCACCCGUCUCCUUAAAUACAAUGGAGCUGAAUUCAAUUAAACUUGUAAAUGUCAGAUACACAAAUUAUUCCCUGGGAAAUAUGUAAAAAUGUCAAAAACAAUGUCAAAGAAAAAGACAAAUGAAAAUCCUUUGUUCAAACUAAAAUCUCUAUUUUUCUGGGGUCAUGCUUCACCCCUCAACAAAAUGUGAAUACAAAUCAGUGGAGUAGUUUUUGCAUAAUCCUGAAGACACACAUAAAUACCAGUCCCUUAAAAUGUUCUUUUUUUGUUAUUCCCAAAGAAGAAAUGGAAAAAUAGAAUCCUGGAUUUGUCGUUUUGUCCGGGUCUGUGCUACAAUGUUUAUGAAUCCUUCACAAUGUGUAAAUGUUGUGGUAGUUUUGUGUUCUCAUGCUGACAGACACACAAAGAAACAGGGACGAAAACAUAACCUCAUUGGUGCAGGAGGAAAUAAAACCUGCAAGAUGUUAAACCUUCUAGAAGUUGUUGAGGAAAAUAUGUGCAUCGGUAAAAACGAGGGGAGCUGUUAAAGUUAAAUAAAGUAAUUUUCUAGAGGUCAACACAAGGUCAACUUUUCAACUGCGGACGCAACCAAAGAGAACUGCACAAACGGGGGUGUGAACCAACAACCUUGUUUCCCUCCGAGUCGAUGAGAGGACUGAGAGAAAGUCACUUUAUUGAGAUAUCCAUUCGUCCUCUUAACAGAAAAGAGAAACGACAAGAGGAAAAUAUGAAUCAUUUUCCUGCACUUGUGAAAAGUCUAAGAAAACCUGCUGAGCCAACAACUGCUGAAGUAUUUACAAUUUAUAUUUUUACUGUAUUUCCAUCAUGCAUCUGAUUUAAUCUCUUCUGGCAAAUAAUCAGAACUGAAGCAGCACAAUUAUUUUGCUAAUUAACUUUGUACAGUAAACGAGUGAGAACGGAGACAUUGUGACUCGUUUAUAUUGUUGAUUUGUGUUUCUAAUAAAAGAAAUUACUCUUGUCUAAUAA